AUUUUUAUUAAUGAAUUAAAAAUUACCAGUCAAUUAAAACACAAUAACAUUGUCAAAAACAUUAUUCAUCGGGAUUUAAAACCAGAAAAUAUCAUUAUUGAUAAUACUGACCAUGUAAAAAUUUUAGAUUUUGGAAUUUCGAUUGAUCGUUUUUUUUUAAAAGAUAUUUUUAAAUCCGGUAUUGUGGGAAGUAUUAAAUACUUAGCCCCUGAAUUAAUAGCUAAACAGGAAACAACUAAUAAAACCGAUAUUUAUGCGAUGGGUCUCAUUAUGUACGAAUUGCUUGCCGGCCAUUUACCCUUUCAGUCAUCCGACGACAGAGUUUAA